UUGUUUCUUGGCCAAAAUCAAAUAACUUCAACUUCUACUUUGACGUGUUUUGGUUUUCGAUCGUGUGUUGAUGCAUGCGUAAAAUAAAUAAAUUUCUAAUAACUUUUAAAGUUUGACUUUAAUUACAGCUUAUUUUUUAUAAAGUAUGAGAGUUGAGCACUGUUAUUUUUGUUCUUCACCUGUUUAUCCAGGCCACGGCAUUCAGUUUAUUCGAAAUGACUGCAAAAUAUUCAGAUUCUGUAGAUCCAAAUGUCGAAAAAUGUUUAAUAGAAAGAAAAAUCCUAGAAAGCUGAAGUGGACAAAGGCCUUUAGAAAAGCUGCUGGCAAAGAACUUACUGUAGAUCCUGCAUUUGAAUUCGAAAAACGACGCAAUGUCCCUGUUCAAUACAAUAGAGAGUUGUGGCGAGAAACAAUUAAAGCAAUGAAAAAAGUAUCUGAGAUAAAAACAAGAAGAGAAGCUUGUUUUAUAGGUCAAAG